UUAUCGCCUUUGGUUUACUUCGUCAAAAACUUUCUUGGAGCAGGAAACGCUAAAUUCUUGGAGCCUGACUAAGGAAGUUUGCAUUAACAACAUAAACCAUCAUGAAGAUUACCACUCUUACCUGUCUUUGGGCCUCUUUCGUCGGCAUCGCUACAGCCGCUGUCGGUUGUAGAGUCGAGCUUCUCAAUGUCAACCAAGCUGUUGUCGGGAGUGGCUGUGUCCCUUUCCAGUCAUCAGCGAUCAUCGCAGAUCCCAACUACAAACGAAGUUACACAUUCUAUGCCACGAACGACUGCGGCUUGAGUUUGGAGGCUAAGACGUUUCGGGAGCCCACACGGACCACAGCUUGUCUUCGAGGUCUGUGCCGGACCAGAGAACCAGGAAAACUUCCGUGGCCCCGCAGUGAAGUCUGACCGCAGGGGGCAUCGACUAUUCAGGAUAGAUAGGCACUAUUUACUUUUGUCCGAUCUCACUUGCUUAGGCUUCGGUGAGAUGAUCACCACAGCGAUGAAUUCUCGGUCUCGGUAAUCUUGCAAAGACGACUAUUUCAUGUGGCCCCGAUCGCUGUAAGGAGUGAGACCUAUCUCUUUAACACCCGACUGUCCUGGUCUACAGUCGUAUCUUAAGCCCUCGGCACUCAACUCCUUCAAGAACAGCUGCAGGGAAUUCUAGUGGCUGAAACUGAUCUUACGAUCAGAGUGGACUCUACUCAUUCAUUCUGCAGUAAUAAUUAUCCCAAAAAAUUUUUUGAGAUAAUGAGAGAAGUUACGGAUACGCAGCCGUUUGCUCGUUUGCCGAGCCUGGUCCACAGAGCGGUUUCUAAUAUAUAUCCCUCAGGCGUUUUUUUUUCUUUGCGUUCUGCUGUGUGGGGCCGUGUCUACGUCUUCGUACCACCCUCAUCAAAUCACAGUCGUUCUCAAGUUUGGAGACAUGUCACCUCAUCGCGAGGAGCGAGGAUUUCCCCGUCGCUGGGCAGCAUGACGGAAGAUAGACACUUGCCCUGGCGUUGUAACGCAUCAUUAGCGAAGGGCAACACUUUUUUGAACAACCAUCAAAGCCCCUAGGACCAUGUGACACACUGAUCA